GGGGCAAAAUAGGAAUAAACGGAAUUUAUCGAACACUCUCAAGCUUCUACUAUAAAGCAGUGUUCGUCAACGAUCUUCGCACUCUGUUCUCGUCGACUAGAGAGAUUUUGAUGAGAUGGCGAGAAUAGAGAAAAGUGAGAUGGUGAAGCUGCCAAUACUUGUAAUGAUGAUGUCAUCAAUGGUGAUGACGAUGGUCGAGUCUUCGAGACCAGUACAAAGAGCCGGUGACGUUGACCGCGACGACUCUGAGAUCUUUAGAAGAUAUUUGCUCGCUAAUGGCCUUGGCGUCACUCCUCCCAUGGGGUGGAAUAGCUGGAAUCAUUUCAGCUGCAACAUAAAUGAGACAGUUAUCAAAGAAACUGCUGCUGCUUUGGUUACCACUGGCCUCUCUAAGCUCGGUUACAACUAUGUUAACAUCGAUGAUUGCUGGGCUGAAAUUGCUCGUGACGACAAGGGGAAUCUGGUGCCAAAGAAGUCAACUUUCCCUUCUGGUAUUAAAGCACUUGCGGAUUAUGUUCACAGCAAGGGCCUUAAGCUCGGGAUUUACUCAGAUGCCGGGUACUUAACCUGCAGCAAAACCAUGCCGGGCUCUCUAGGCCACGAGGAGCAUGAUGCCAAGACAUUUGCAGAAUGGACAACAAUUAAUGGUUGUCUCAAAUCUCAGGGAAUUGAUUACUUGAAGUAUGACAACUGCAACAACGACGGCUCGAAACCAACUGUCAGGUAUCCAGUUAUGACCCGAGCUCUGAUGAAAUCUGGCCGCCCCAUCUUUCACUCCUUGUGUGAAUGGGGAGAUAUGCAUCCAGCUCUCUGGGGAUCUCCAGUAGGUAACAGUUGGAGAACCACUAAUGACAUCAAUGAUAGUUGGCUUAGUAUGAUCUCGAUUGCAGACAUGAACGAAAUCUACGCUGAGCAUGCAAGGCCUGGUGGCUGGAACGACCCGGAUAUGCUUGAAGUAGGAAAUGGAGGGAUGACGAAAGACGAGUACAUAGUCCAUUUCAGCAUAUGGGCAAUCUCAAAGGCUCCUCUUCUACUUGGUUGUGACAUAAGAAACAUGACCAAAGAAACAAUGGAGAUCGUCGCAAACAAGGAGGUCAUUGCUAUUAAUCAAGAUCCACACGGUGUUCAGGCCAAAAAGUUAGAAUGAAGUGAUAAUCCAGUU